AUGGUAGUGCAGGCGCAGGACGAUGGCUCAGAGACUUUCCUCAAUGAGCUCUUCGUCCAUGCUGUGUGGAAGCCGGACAUUGACGAGGGCAUGGAUGGAGAGGAUCGAGCACAUCCCGAUGACGUUGCAACCCAGCAGGCAGAGGGUCUACCUUGCAAUGAAAAGGAAAUCCAGGGAUAUCAAAGCUUCGCAAGAAGUUUGGUCACGCUUUCUGAUAGAGCCACAACUCUCCCAGACCCAUAUUGGUUGUCUACCAUCGAAGACGGGAAGUUUUCUUCACAGCUUCGCCUGGGGUACGCGAACGGAGAAGCAGCCGCGCGUAUGCAUGCUCUAGCGCGCAAGGCCUGGAAUCUUGAAUUGUCACCAACCAAGAAACUUUUAAUCAUCAUUCACGAGAUAGGUCUGACCUUGCUGUCGGGUUCCGAUGAAUUUUGUCUUCCGAAAGCUGAAUGGAGCUCUACGAUAGAUUAUGGCUCCAUGUUUUCUGCAGGAAAGUGGCGGCGGGUCGCAUGGGAGCAGGAAGGCAGCUGCAUUGCAGUGGCUGAGGUCGAUGGAAGCGGACUGAUCCUUUCUGUCCCGAAUCUUCGGCCGGUAGCUCGGAUACCGACUCUCUUGCCGCUCCCAACGCCAGCAGUUGACAUCGCCUUCCUCCGAAGUAGCUGCUUGAGUGAGGGCGACAGCUCUAGCCCUAGCAAGGUCCUCCUCGCCCUCUCAUACGACGGCAUGCUCUACUGCCACCCCGCAGCGACCAAGAGCGGGGCGCCGGUCUACCUGCCGGAGCCUCUCGAUCUGUCGCCAUGGCACACCAACGUCUCCUGUAUGGUGGUCGGGCAUGCGCGUCAAAUCAUUGCGAUCGGAGGCUGGAACGCAGAGAAGGCGCAAGGGACAUCAAACAGCCCUCCCAUCUCGCUAUGGGCGGUAGAAGACAGACCCCCAGUGUUCAAGUGCCUGUUUUCAACUGCUGUUCAGAAGCCCAACAAGGCGUUGAGGAUUGUCAAUCUGGCGAGGGCUGCGCUGAGAAACGUUGGGAGGCGGGAGCUUGACACGAUGGUCUGUGGGGACCACCUGUGGUUUGAGCUGAAUGUUUCAAAUCAGGUGAUGAAGAUGGUUUUCUCCGAGUCAGGAAAUCUGUUGGCAGCUCUUGAAGCUUGCGGGGACAUCACGGUCAUCGACUGCGUCUCCUUCGCUGUCAAAGUUCGCUUCACCCAGGACGAGCUCUACAAGCUUUCGCCUGCUGGUCCUCUGUGCGAUCAGCUGGGUGAGAGGAAGCAGAGCUCGUUCCUCUCAGCGUGUGGAGACAUCUCAUGGUGGGACGAGACAUCCUUGGUAAUCAGUCGACGAGAUGGCAAAGUUGUGGUUGUCCCGAUCCGCAAGCACUCGAAAGAUCAUCUCGAGCUGGGUGAGUUCCAUAUCAACCCGAGCAUCACAAGUGCGAUCUCAGAGAAGGAAGGAGGUCUGUUCGUUCUCGAAUGCUGCAGAACAGUCAACGAAGAAGAUUCGUUCCGUGGUGAGACCGUUGGCGAUGCCUUCGGGUCGACGAACAUUCCCUGGUACAGGAGGCUCCUGGGUACUUCGUUCUCAAGGAGAGGGGAGGAAAGCGUCAUAGAAAAUCAGCGCUUCUUGCGGAAGUAUCGACUCAUCUCGAUAUGUAAGAGCACGGUAGGACGAGUUGUACAGAGGAAGAUUGACAUGAAGGACUAUGAAGCGGCUCUCAAGGUCGCGGACAAGUACAACCUUCCGGGGGAUCCGAUCUACAAGAGCCAGUGGCUGCAUGCCAAGGUCUCCGAAGAGUCGGUCGACAGGUAUCUGCGCAAUGUCUCAGAUCUGCAGUGGGUGCUGGAUCAAUGCUUCAAACGACACUGCCAGACCUGCGGUGAAGCGAAAGUCCUCGCCAAGUACGGGUACGAUCGCUGUCUGCAGUAUCUCCAAGACUUCUCCGCCAUGGAUGACACGGCGGACAAACCUCUGAUAGAGAAGUCGAAGUUGCUGUUCGAGCAGAGGAUGGUGUGGCUGGAGAUAUUUCAGUCGAUCUAUCCCGGAGACUCUCUGAACGAGACGCGGCUGAGAUGGUUCAGCGAGCAAGGGCCGAGCAACGUCGUCAUCCUGCUGGCGAUGGACGAAGAGUGCGAGGCUCUGUCGGUCGUCUACGACAGGUUCCGCUCUUCCCUGGACACUCGACUCUUCACCAUCCUCAGUUACCUCCCCGAGACCUGCCGGCCAAAGAAGUUUGACAAGCUGAUCCCGGACCUCCGCACGAUGGCGGAGGAUGCGGAGGAGGAGCGUCAUCAAGUGACGGUGGAUGAGAUGAUAGACUGGUGCAAGUCGAGGGUCGUGCAGAUAGAGCAGAGGACAGGGCUGGUCGACGUGGCGCUGGAGCUGUUGGAGUCUGUAACAAGGAAAAUCCCCCCGGGCACGGCGAGGCUACCUGAGCUCCAGCAGCUCUCAAGCUCGUUCAAUCAUCUCUUCACCCUCGUGUACGAGUGCGGCAUCGACGUGCAGCUGUGCGAGUGGGAGAAGCUCGAUGCCAUGGGGAGGCUGCGCAUGUUUGUCAAGAACAGCAGCAGGGAAACGUUCGUGGCAGACCUCAGGGACCUUGCUGGGCCCUUCCUGGUCUCCCUCGGGGAGGAGGCGGGGGAGAAGCUCUUGCACGACUUCCUGGUAGAGCUCGCGAAGGAGAGGAUCGACUGGUGUGCCAAAGUCUUCCAGCGGUCGACCAUCGAGGAGCCCCUCUACACGCUGAGCUGCGGGGCCACGGGACGAGACUGGAGCAGCGUCCGCCCAAUCUCCUUUGCCUCCUGGUCAAGAAAGCCUCCUGACGUGCUGAGGGGAAGAAUGAAGGAGGAGAUUCUGAUCGCCGAGUACGAGACGGACAUCCCUGUGCGGGAACAGGCUGUCCUGUGGGCUGGGAUGGCAGCUGGCGAGGCGUCCCAGGCGCUCCUCGUCCUCUGCAGCAGCAGCUCGUCGGUGGAUGCUGUCUGCAACCUCACCCAGGAGGGUCGAAAAUCUGCGGGUGUCGGGGGAGACAAGCAGGAGGCAGCAGGUCUGGGGGAUGCCGGGGACAAGAAGGAGCUUCCUCUCGGUCCUCUCCCAAGCAUUUCCGUCUUCGCCGUCCUCUCCGGUCAGCAUAGCAUGAGCACGUGGGGGCGGAUCACCAAGAACCGCAUCCUGCAUGACCCCAUGGCGAUGAUCGACGUGGCCCUCCGCUGCGUGUACGCGUCCAGCAGCGAGAACGAGGACUUCCUCCAAGCUGCGAGUGACAUCUACUGCUCCCUGCCCAAGAGAGACGCUGCGGCUCUGAGCGGCGUGAAGCACCAGGCGCGAUACCUGGAGCUGCAGGACAAGGCAGACGAGCUCGAUCGUCACAUCACAGCCAUGGAAGUCUUGCAAAGCUACGGGAUCAGCAAGCCGAUCGCCUUCUUCCAAGACUGCAGGAGAGACGCAGAGGUCUGCUACGGCACCAUCCGAUCCAUGUGCCGCUACCAGGUGAGGCAGGAAGCAAGGAACCAGUCGGCCUUCCGCCACCUGCAGAAGGAUCUCUUCGGCAGUCGGGAUGCGGGAGAUGAAUUCCAGGGUCUCGUCUCGCUGGUUUUCGACUUCCUGGACGUGGAGCGCUGCCGCCUGAUCUUCAUGGAGGCACUUCUCGACGCCAACAUGUUCUCCUUGGCCUACGAGGUCAUGCAGGGCUCCAUCAGCUCCAUCUCGUCGCAGGGCAGCGACCAGCUGGUGUCGGGCUACGUCUCCUUGAUCCUCAAGGUCUCCCGCGAGAACUUCGACUCUGCCUCCUGCUGUCGAGACGCGGCCUGGCAGAACGCCAAGACUUGUCUGGAUCUCAUCUCCGUGCUGAGGGAGGGCGUGAAGUCUGCCCGCGGUGACGAGGAGGAGCAGGAGGAGGGAGCAGGAGGGGAGAGCAAUGAUCCCUUCCAAGAGGUGAAGAAGGAGCUGGAGCUGAUCGAGGCCGUCGAGAUCCUCGACGAGCUCAAGCUUGAGCCUCUUCCUGUUCAGAUCCGCAAGCACAAGGACCCGGUCGCCAUCGUCCGCCGCCUCAUCACGGAGGCUCCGGGGGUCCUCGUGAACGGGGAGGAGAUUCUGCGAUUCGGGGUGCUGCUGGGCCUCAGUUCCAAGGAAGCUCAGCUGGAAAUCAUGGAGAUGAUCAGCCGAGCGAGCGUGGAUCAAGUGAAGCAGAACACGAGCCUGAGCAAGGUGGAAAAGAGCUCCUUCCUCGAGAACGCAGUCCGGUACAUCCACCUGCUUGUCGAGGCUGGGAAAGCUUCUGCCUGGGACCUCUGCGUGAGUCUGGUGGAGACGGAGGACACGGUCAUGGACGGUGAGGUCAAGUCGAAGCUGCUGGCGUUUGCGAUGGCUCACUGCAAGGCGGAGAGCUUCGCUGGGAUCAUGGAGAAGUGGAGAGCGAGCAAGGCGGAGGUGCAGGCGGAGAUGGAUGAGAAGCUCAUGGCACGAUGGACCAGCAAGGAGUCGCUGGAGGAAGGGAUCCUAGCGAGAGUCCCCCCCUCCCCUGUGAUGAAACACCCCUUCUAUUUCUCGUUGCUUCCAGGAGCCCCGACCAGCAGCAAGAUCGACCGAUACUCCUUCUCCUACCAUGACGAAGACGAUAUCUUCUCCAGAGCAGUCGAGGAGAGCCUCAACGAAGCGGCCCGGGUCCUCAUCAAGUUGCGGACCAAGGGAGGAGGAGCACAGCAGGAGGAGGGGGCGGACGUCUUCUUUCAGCUCUUGGCCUUGGCCACAUCUCACUCGGAUCUACAGCUCUUUGAGGGGGCCCUGCUCUCCCUCUCCCCUCGUCGCCUUGUGCGCUGCUUCGACCAGCACCUGCACCUGCAGUACAAGUCUCAGGUCGCCCAGGGGAAGGAUGGGAGGAAGUUACUCGAUACGGCCAUCGUCCUGUGCCACAUUGCUCGCAAGAUCUCAGACAGGUCGAGCAAGCUCUGUGAUGCGAAGCACCCGGUCCCCUCGCUUCUCGACCCCCUCGCUCCUCCUCCUCCCCACGAUGAGGGCGGGCCCGCCAACGGAUUCGAGGGGAUGUCGUUAACGCAAGGGAGGGAAACGAUCGAGUCUCUGCGUGAUGGGGGGGAUGGAGAGGCGAAAUCAUGGGCUGUCUUGUCAUCCUGGUACAGCACCCUCAGCAAGGUUCUUGUCAAGUUCGGAGACCCGCAAGUCUUGUGGCUGACGCUUCUCAUCUGUAACCCUUCCCUCGAGCCCCUGCCACUGGUGAGGAAAGAGAUCACCCAGGACAACCUGAGCAGGCACGUGAAGUGCUUGCAGGCGAUCCAGCCAACUUGGCAACCCCCGUCGUCUUCGUCUCCUCCUCUUCCUCCCCUGGGCCCUGCCGACUUUGACGCCAUCCUCGACGCUCGAGAAGCGAUGCACUCGUUCACCUCGCACGGUCUCAACUCGGACAACCUAAGCAUCUUCCUCGGCAGCAGGUCUCCCUUCCAACUCUGCAAGCUCGUCAAGGAAAUCCUUGCGAGCUGCCCGCGAGAAGAUCAGCCGCACGACCUGCUCGUCAAGGUUCUCGACGCUGUGCAUCCUGACCCAUGCUCGGACGCCCAUGAGCGAGACUGGGUGAGGUCGGAGCUGCACAAGUUGAGGCUCGAUAUCGAUGAACAAGCGACCAGCAGCUUGAUGGAACAUUACAACAAAAUAGUGUUCGCUCUUGCCGAGUCUGGGGUCGCAACCACAAACCUUCCCCCGAUGGCUGCGGAAGAAGAAGGAUUUUGUCGGGGGGUUUGUGACGUGAUUCAGCAAGUCAAGGAGGAGGAGCAGCUUUACCUCGUUGCUCAGGUCUUCUACUCGUCCCUUCACUUCUUCUUAUCUGACACCUUAUCUUGCUCCUCUCAGCUUCUUUGUCUUCGGGACUCCAGCCUCUCCCUCUGUCUCUUCGCCUUGAGCACAGGGAAGAUCGGGAGGGCCCCCGCAGGUGGUGACCUUGCGGCUUCACGAGCUGGCUCGCUAGUUGGGGCCGAGCUGGGGGAUUUGCCGGCAUGCGGGCCGAACCUUUCCAAGAGCUGGGCGCUGCUUGUGAGUGAAGCAGAGGUGAGAAGAUCGAUCGAGCUCGGCCUGCCCAACUGCUGUUUGAGUUUGCGGUGUGGCCCAGCUCGGUACGGCCUGUCGAAGGAGGAGGAGUCGGAGCUCCAGGCGUUGGCGAGGAGCAGGUCUCGGGUGCUCGGGUUUCACUUCGCCGUCCUCUCCCCGAGAGGAUCGAUGCGGUCACUCGGCCUCAGUCAGAUGGCGCAGGAGGAGGGAGGUGUGGACGGGGAGAAUGCCGACCUCGAGUGGCUGCUGGAGAGCUGCAUGAGAUGCGGCAGCUUCGCACAGAUCGAAGCCUCCCACUUGUUCCGGUCUCACAUGUCCCAGCACAUGUUUCGAGUGUUCCCGGUUCCUACACGUGAAGAGGAGGAAGCAGAGGUAUCAGCUCGCAGCCCUUACUUGGUCAUGGAUGCUGCCUCUGGGCUCUUGCAAGCCGUCGUCCCCCGGAGGCAGGAGAUCCUCGUCUUGGCAGUGUUGGACCUCUGGCAAGCAGGAGAAGUUGUCGCAGCAGCCAAGCUCGUCUGCCGGUACACCAGGACACACAGAGUCUUCCACUCUGACUCAACGGCCCUCAUGGUCAUGAAGGUUUUCCUCUCCCGUAUCGCUCAGGCGGGCGACCAGGGCAGGGUUGAUCACAUGAUCUCCCUGGGACCAGAGCCAUCCGGAGUUGUGGAGGCCGAGGAUGGGCUUCUUGGAAGCAGAAGGACCCUUGAUGGUGUCGUUUUCAGCAGCGUUCCAGAGCUAGAGAACUGA